AUGGUAGAUCAGACAUCCAAGAAACCCCAUGCCAUCCUCGUACCCUACCCUCUUCAAGGCCAUGUCAUCCCAUCAGUUCACCUUGCCAUCAAGCUUGCAUCUCAAGGUUUCACCAUCACCUUCAUCAACACCCACGCCUUCCAUCACCAAAUCUCCAAGGCUCAGCCCAAUAGCGAAUCCGACAUCUUCACCAAGGUCCGAGAAUCAGGGCUUGAUAUUCGGUACGCAACUAUAUCCGACGGGCUUCCCGUUGGGUUCGACCGGUCGUUGAACCAUGACCAGUAUAUGGCAGCCCUAUUGCAUGUGUUCUCGGCCCAUGUGGAUGAGGUGGUCGGCCAGAUUGUAAAGUCUGACGACAGUGUUCGAUGUUUGAUUGCUGACACAUUUUUUGUAUGGCCAUCGAAGAUUGCAAAGAAGUUUGGUUUGCUCUACGUUUCCUUUUGGACAGAACCAGCUUUGGUGUUUUCCUUGUAUUACCAUAUGGAUCUUCUAAGGAUAAAUGGUCAUUUUGGUUGUCAAGAUUGCCGGGAGGACAUCAUAGAUUACAUACCAGGAGUUAAGGCAAUAGAACCGAUGGACAUGACAUCAUAUCUUCAAGAGGCAGAGACAACUUCAGUUUGCCAUCAAAUCAUUUUCAAUGCCUUCAACGACACUAGAAGUGCAGAUUUUGUUGUAUGCAAUUCGGUGCAGGAACUUGAGGUCGAGACUUUGUCAGCUCUACAAGCCGAAAUGCCCUACUAUGCAAUUGGACCCCUUUUCCCUAAUGGCUUCACCAAGAGCUUUGUGGCCACUAGCCUGUGGUCCGAGUCCGAUUGCACCCAGUGGCUUGAUGAAAAGCCUCGUGGCUCAGUCUUGUAUGUUUCAUUUGGUAGCUACGCACAUGUUACAAAAAAGGACCUUGCACAGAUUGCAAAUGGGCUUUCCCUUAGCAAAGUGAGUUUUGUUUGGGUGCUUCGAGCUGAUAUUGUGAGCUCUGAUGAUGCUCAUCCCCUGCCUGAUGGAUUUGAGGAAGAGGUUGCUGACCGCGCGAUGAUCAUACCUUGGUGCUGUCAAAGAGAAGUGUUGCCCCACCAUGCGAUCGGAGGGUUCUUAACACAUUGUGGAUGGAAUUCCAUUCUAGAAAGUAUAUGGUGUCAAGUUCCAUUACUGUGUCUCCCUUUGCUGACCGAUCAAUUCACUAACAGGAAAUUAGUGGUUGAUGACUGGAAGGUAGGGAUCAAUUUGAGUGAUAGAAAGUUUGUCACUAAAGAGGAAGUUUCAAGCAAUAUCAACAGUUUGUUCAGUGGAAAAUUAGGGAACGAAUUAAGAACCAAAAUCAAGGAGGUGAAGAAAACAUUAGAAAAUGCGUUGUCACCCGGAGGAUCCUCAGAGAAAAAUAUGGCUCAGUUCAUCACGGACCUAAAGAAUAAGAUUAGUGACAAGAUGGGCCAACCAAACAAAUCCAUAUGCAAUGACAGCUAA